AUGUAUGAUUUCACAUAUGUUGAGAAUGUUGCACAUGCUCGUGUAUGUGCUGAAAGAGCUCUAGCUUCAGAUGGAUCUGCCUCAAAGAGAGCUGCAGGAGAGGCUUACUUUAUAACGAAUAUGGAACCAAUAAAAUUUUGGGAGUUCAUGUCACUUAUUCUUGUUGGGCUUGGGUUUGAAUGGUAUAUUCUUGAUUUUUGGUUUGUUUUCAAGUUUCUUGCAAAAACUUUGGAUGUUGUUCAAGACAUUGAUUGGGUCAUUUCUCUUGGAAAUGCUUUUGCAAAGCAGUAUGAGCUUUAUACAUAUGAUGAUGAGCAUUCUGCACUACUUCACAGAGUAUUCUUAUCCUACAAAUGUCUUGGUAUACUUCUUCAGAAAGUUGAUAACAUGACUUAUGUUCGUGAUAAAAUCGUCUGGAUGUACAAACAAGCAAAUAAUCUAGAUUUCAAAUUCUUGAAUUGUGACUCACCCCUGCAGCUUUCUGAAUGCAGGCUUAUUUUGGUGCUGGAUUAA